AUGGGUGACAGUGGCGACAAAGUAGGACAGUAUUAUUCAGCCAAAGACUGUUCAGUUCCAAAAAGUACCAAAAAGAGCGGCAAGGGUCAAUGGGAUCUAAGUGUUACAAUCCCCCUGCCGCCGGGGCCUUUAAGCCAAGUGUCGAGCCCUUAUCGGAGGAAAGAACUUGUAGAGAGGGGUCAUGCGAGCGCCAAGUACGGAGAGACAGGAACGGACCGAGAUCCGCAAUUGCUAUGUCCUGGCUCCUGCAAAACCAGCAAAACCCGACCGGAACCUCAGGACUUUCACCUUGGCCUACCGACUCGAAUGGCACCGCGGGGACACGCAAGCAGUCCGUGGGCCUAUCCCUGUACGGGACCGCAGGACUAUACUCUCUCGUCAUCAGGCUACGGGGCUGGUUUGAGGGACAACGAGGCGAACCGGGUGAGGCCGGCGACUUCUGGCAGUGCACCGCCAGCUCCCCACUGGACCUCUCUUGUCAGUCCGAUGGCGCCGGAUCACAGUGGCGGUGUGCCAUUUGCAUCAAAUCGCUGUGUUGAUCGUGAGAACCCAGUCGGGCAGCGCAGUUAUGAUGGCGGAGAACCGAGCUCGGGUCGGGUGAAUGCCGCGGCAGGGAAGCCAUGCCCUGCCUCUGGUGGAGGGAGAGCAGACGAUGCUCAUACUUCUCGAUCUCCUCAUGAAGCUCAAGGCUCACUCAUGCCGCAGAAGCAAAUGGCAGAUCCGAGGGUAGAUGCUGUCGCUGCCCCGUGUCCUGAAAGUGCCUUGGGUCCGGCUUCCGCCAGACGUGGUUGGGAUACCACCGCUCCGUCGCAUUCUCAUUCGCCGUGCGCAGCACCAACUACGAGUGGCAAUCAGGAUCGGGAUGCGACUGCUAUCUACCAGUCGCCUGGGCGAGGGCGCUAUGAGCGGGAUGCGACUGCUACCUACCAGUCGCCCGGGCGAGGCCGCCCCGAGCCAAAGUCCAAUCCUCCGACUCCUUCUAUAAUGGCAGUGGGCGCCGCAAACAACACGUAUAAGGCGAACGCCCCUGGAGCGCCCGGUGAAGCAGGUUAUUCAGGGGCAUUAGCGGAAACGAUGUAUUUGUCGGGCGGGACCACCAACGACAGGGCAGGACAAGGGCAUUCUUGUGGUUGCCCUCAAGGGGGACCCCGGGGUGCGGGGGGUUCGGGAGCAUUAGCGGACAUGGGUUUUUCAGGGGGAUUUGGGGAAACAUAUAUGCAAGGAGGGGGGGGGACCACCAACAAUAAUCAAGGGUAUCCCUCGCAGGAGCGGCCUUCACAGUUAAUGUCCAAUUUCGACGGAGCCUUAGGAGAAAGCUAUUUGCCGGAAGGGACGCAAGAGGGAAUGGCGAUGACAUCUCAGGAGAAAACUGCCGGCGGAAGCGAGAAAAGGGGAUAUGAAGAGAGUACGCGUGGUGAGGUUUCGCCCUGCGGAAUAGACGAGACUGCCCAGGCCCUUCUGUGUGACUCGUGCAUCAACAAGCGGCUGAAAUCAGAGAAGAUUGAAGCCGCAAAGAGGGAGAAGGAGGAGGAUCGACAGAGGCGGCUGAAAAUGUGUGAAGCCAUGGAGCAGGCACAGAAGACGCUAGAGUGUGUUAGAGCAGUGCAGCAGAAGGUCCUUCAGGAGACAGCGGAUAAAAACACAGAGGUGAUCCGGAAGAAUGAAUAUGCGAGAAAAGCCGAAAGAUUCCAGAAGGCGGGACAAGAAGACCAUGUACAUAAAGGCCCAGCCAGCAUGUCCUUCAUUGACAGAAAACACAUGAUCAUGGAUGAAGCGGCUCUGCAAAGGCAGUACAAGGAAACACUAGACAUGCAGAGGACGGUGGAUAAGACUGGAUAAAAGUGGAUAAGAGUGGAUAAGAGUGGAUAAGAGUGGAUAAAGGUGGAAAAGAGUGGAUAAAGGCUGGGUACAGGU